AUGCCCCUCUAUGCGUGCCGCCACGAGUGGUGUGAGGAUUACUGCGCUCGCGGAAGCGCGACACCUAUCCCCUCACAGGCAAAGACCGAUUCUGCCGCCGCAUCAUCCUCGUCUGCUGUUUUGACUACCACGACUGAAGAGCUCCGUGGCGAUUACAACGGCUGUCGACGCCAACUCCCUCCGCUGCUUCUCUGCACUGCGUCCACCGGGACCGGCAAAAGUGUGCUUAUUCCGCUCUACGCUCUCGAUGCGCACUGGGCGGUGCUGGAGCGACGAUUGGUGCGGACGAUUGACGCCUACGACAACGCCACGGAGGCGGCGGCGGGCACAGCAGCGGCGCGAGGCGACUCCCACUUUGCGGAGGCGGAGGCAGCCAACGCUGCUUUUCAGCCCUUCCCUCUCGACUCGCAGGAGAACUUCAUACGCGAGUUCACAGCCUGCAGCCGCCUGCGCAUUGUGGUGAGUCAGCCAACUCGUGUGGCAUGUGCGGAGCUUGCCGCGUAUGUAAGCGCGCUCUUGGACGCCGGUCGCACCUGUGUCGGGGCCAGCGGCAGCGCGGCAGCGGCACCGAAAGGAGCAGCCCUCGACGGCGAGUCCCGCAGCGAGAACGAGCAGCGUGUCCUGAGCCGUCAACUUGUUGGUAAGCGGGUGGGAUUUGCUGUCGGUGGGGAGUCGCGUUUCUGCUCUGAAUCAGAACUUCUCUUCGCCACUCCCGGCUACGCUCUCAACGCGCUGAGGGACUCCCAUCCUCAGUCGUCGCCGUCGUCACUGUCGCUGUCACCGACCACGCUUGUGGUGGAUGAGGCACACUGCCGCGACGUAGAGACCGAUGCCUUGCUUGCCUGGAUGAAGCUGUCGCGAGAGUGCAGGCAAGGGGCGGAUGCAUCCGCGCCGUUCCCGGUGCUCCGUCAGUACUAUGUGGUGUCCGCCACUAUGAACCUGCAGGCGAUGGACACCUAUCUCUGCCGAGGGCUUCAGAACGGCAACAGAAGUGGGUGCAAUGUGCAGCCGGAACCACGCGAAGGACUCACUCGAGGGCUCACGCACAGACUCACCGACAGCGACGCACUACCCGAGGAUGCCAAGGGAACUGACUGCGUGUCGGCGGACGCGCCACUUCUGCUUCUCUCUCCGGCGCAGCGCCAUCAUGUGCGGCGGUGGUGGCAAAGAGAGCAGUCACACAGCGCUGGCGGACGUAUCGAUAGCGCAGACGUGGACUCCGCCGUCGCGCGGGCUGUGGCGACGGACCGACGCGUGCGCGCGGCCGUCUUGCAGCUCGUGGAGGCCGCCGAAUGCUACGGCGAGUGUGAUGAUGGUGACCGAGAGGAACACCUUCCCACAGGUGAUGCCGCGAGUUCGGUGAACGGCUCACCCGCUGGCAGCGCCACAGAUCAUAGAGUGGCUGGCCUCCUUGCCAGUGGUGCCAAAGACUUCACAGCCACCACAGCAGCGGCGCCCUCACGUGUGUCGCCACCCCGCCCCGUGUCAGCGCUUCGCGGCGCGGACGGUGCGGCGAUUGUAAUCGCGAUGAAACCGUACCGUGUUGAGCGCUACUUUGUCGAUGACCUCGAUCCGGUGAAGGGAUGCUUUGCGAGCUCGCGGGUGCUGUUUGAUGAGGCAGCACGUCGCGCGGCCACCGCCGCUACAUCGGCAGCCGCGCCACGCACGCCCUCCAACGCGCCGCAAGGCGUGGCUAGCGGGCGUGGGAGAGAGGACAGGCAACCGAAGCAGCAGGAUACGGCAGUCCUCUCCGCAUCUGCCGUCGGCGCCGCGCAGCGGUCGACCAGAGGCUUCCCGAUUUGCCUUACCGACGAUGGUGCCGCACUCCGAAGACGAUUAGUCGAUCUACAUGGCACACGCGCCGCUUCGUAUGUCAUGCUCAACAGCCACACACGCGCGCUUGUGGAGCUGAUUCUUCAGCUGCUGCAAGCCGCACGGUAUCGAUGGAUCGACGGUGCGGCAAUGCCCAGCACCAGUGCCGCACCCCCGCGAUCGCAGCGUUGCGAACAGUCCCAUCACGAAGACGGCACUACCCCUGACCGAACGCCAACGGCUCUCGCAGCCGCAAAUCCGCGGGCAGUGGAGGCCCCGAUCACGAUACUGGUGUUCGUCGCCGGCAUCGGGGAGCUGCACCAGAUCAUGUCAGCUCUCGAACGACUAUGCGACACUGUGCAGCCCUCGUCCUCAGCGGCAGGGUCCCAAUCCACCAGCAUGACAGACUCCAGCGCGCCCGCUACUCCCGUGCUGCGCCACGGCUCUGAAGUCUUUUCGGUUGGUCUUCUGCACUCCACCGCGGUAGGGAGCCCACAAGAGCAAUUGAUGGCGACGGAGCACUCGGGAGCACCGCUACGCCUGCUUCUCUCGACCAACGUGGCGGAGAGCUCCCUCACCAUUGCGAACACCCGUAUCGUGGUAGACACAUGCCUUGAGCGCAGCACCAGGACCGACAACGUCACCGGCGCUACGCAGGUGCUGACAUCCUUCGUUUCACCAAGUGGGCUGCGGCAGCGAUGUGGCCGGGUUGGUAGGACUGGCGAUGGCAUUGUGAUUCACUUGGCGCCAAGGCGGUUUGUGCUCCCAAAAGCCUUUCUGCGCCCACUGGCAACGACGCAGGCGGCAUUGCCCCCACCCUUAACGGUAAACACGUCCGAUCCGCCACCCGCGGCGCUGACCUUUGAGGCCCUGCCCGAUGGCAUCGUGACGGUGCUGCUACGAAUGAAGUUCCUCUUCUCAAAGGUAGGAGAUGCUGUGGCGGCGCUGCCCUCGCCGCCGAAUGCUGCAGCGGUGCGGCUGGCCUUGCAGCAGCUCUCAGACAUGGAUCUUCUUCUCUUGCCAGAGGCGGCGACCCCUCAGGAGGCGACCCGCGACUUAGCCGAUGCCGUAGCGCACACACCCUUCAAUGAUGCGGACGCCCUCCACAGCUGCGACGGCGCGCUGCUCCCUCUACUAGACGGCAGCACCUUCACUCCGAAGGGUCACUUUGUGGCAAGUCUACCGCUACCGUACGAGCACGCCACACUCGUCUAUCAUGGCCUCCAAUUCCGCUGCGUCGAAGACGCCCUGAUCGUGGCGUGUGCCAUGGCCGUUCCGUCGCUCUUUUCGACGCCGCGUGUGUCUUCCUACAGCACGAUCCAGGCGGGGGCUCGACGCAGCACCAAUUCAGACUACGCCCUACAGAAGUGGGACGCGGACCGGAGGGCAGCCCUCUCACCGCUCGAACAGUUCUACCGGCAACUCUGGGUGCAGCGCCACUUCGCCGGCUUUGCUGUUCGGCGCAUGGUGCGCCCUGCCACCUGCCCGUCUGACGGCAGUGAGGCGACCGACAGCCGCCGAAGCAUCGACAGCAGCUCCGCGAGCGACACCGAUAGACACGCGCCCACCACGGCCGCUGCUACAAUGGAGGAGCGGCAAGCGGGACAACUGAGUGAGCCGCUCAUGCUGCGUGCCCUGCUGCGGCAGUGGUACGCCUUUUCCAACGUGGAGGCCUGCAUCCAGUUCCAGAACACACACGGCUUGAACAGAAGUGCCAUGCGCCAAGUGGACAACAUGGUGGCCCAGACCUGCGGCCGGCUUACUCGAAUACUGCUGCAGCUGAGCGCUGCGUCGGUGGAUACCGCUGGAGCGGCGGUAGGUCCUGCUGCCAGGCGCUUCGUUGUGGAGGAUGCUGAGGCUGAGGUAGAUUUCAGCGCCUACGUAUGCCAAACCGACGCCACUAGCUCCUGCUCAGUCGUAGGUCCGAGCGCAACGAACGCGCUGUGGCGUGGCAGCAGCGGCAACGGCAGCGCUAUCGGCCUCAUUCCUUUUCUUCAAGACUGGCCUGCAGAGGCCCAGACGCAGCUGCUGCGCUCACUGCGGCGCCUCCAGCGAGUUGCGGUAAGUCGUGUGCAACUGUGCCAUACCAGACAGCGGCAACGCUACGGCCUGCCGCAGUGGUAUGACAGCGAAGAGUGGCGGAUUCGAUUGUGGGGUCGUCCAUACCUGCGAUACCACCCCGACAACCACUCAGCCUCACGUACCGGCGGUCGAGGAGCAGGCAAAAUGGGCCAGAGCUUUCGGGAAGAGGAGCGAGCCGCGCGCGAGGCGGUACGACGACACCCGUGCUUCACAUACUGGGCCGAUGGUCUGCCUGCUUUGCGUCCUCCUUACCCCUCUCUCUACAAGCAGCAGUGCCUGAAGCCCGCCGCUGCUAACGGAGUCAUCACCCCCUCAUCGCUCAGUGUGCCACCGCCACUGUCUAAGCAGGCCACGCAGUCCAAAGUGCCCACUUACCGCCCGCCAGCUCCGCCACCACCCAUCCCGCCGGUCGUCUUCGUGAUGGGGCGCACCGAAGAUCGACUAUGCGCCGCCUUCGUGGCAGCAUUUGGGCAGCGCACUUUGCGCGGCGAGGAUGGCGGGCACCGCUUUCACCACCGCCGUCUCCUUCGCAACAUGCAGGCGCUGGAGAACGAUGAGGAGCAUGUCUGCACCUUUCACAUCGAUGUGCAGCAGCAGGAAAUGGAGUCCCUGUCGGGGUCUGGCAGUGGCACAUCGAACAUGCCAGGGGUCCUCCGUGGUGGGUCGAGUGCACAGCAGGGUGGGCGGAGCGCAGAGGGUCCACCAACAUGCGCCGCGCCACUUUGCCCGCGGCCCAACUCCUACGACCUUCUCUCCACAUUGGGGGUAACGUCCAAGUCGGUGGAGCAGGCCCUCUCCCCAUAUCUGCGGGGCGCCGGUCUGCAGCAGCUCGAGCUCUUUCAAAGCAACCGUCUCGCGGUGGCAGCUCGCUUCGCCAGCGAUGGGUUCACCGGCCUCUUUGACAGUCUCUCCCCCACCCCCUCUGUCACCCUCCCCGCCAGCGCUGACCCCGGCAACAACGCAGAAGAAGAGGGCGGCAACAGGGACGCUGGUGGCGUCGACGCCGCAUCUAUGCAGCGCACUCAUGCUGUGCGGGAUGGACAACACACCACUGUAGGGGGCGCGAGGCGUGCUGAAGCCGAGUCUCGGGUCACAACUUCAGAGGCAGCUCCGACAAGCACUCGACCGGUAAGCUCGGACGGUACGCAUGGGCCGCCAGCGGAGGAUCUACUGAAGGCGGCGGUGCUCCCCUCUUCACUUCGAUGCACUGACAUGGUGAGGCCGCCACCGGUGGCGGCCUCGCCAGACCGAGGCACCUCUACUCAAAGAAGUCAUCCGUACGUGCAGCUGGCACCCUUCGGGGUCAGCCUCCUCGCUGCCGCGACGGCAGGCACCGGCAGUGGGGGUGGCAUCAGCGGUCUUGGCGGCCUCCAGCGCAUAUCCCUGGCCGGAGCUGCCACCUCUGCACUAAACUCGCCAACUGCGGCCGCGCCGCCCUCCUCAUCAUUAGCAGCUGCUCCCACCUCUCCCUCAGCAUCGCUCGCACCCCAAGCGGGCUCAGCUGCGGGUGAGCGCUGCAAUGUGUUUUUCUCGGAGGUCCCUCUGUCUUCCAGCGCUGCGACAGCACGGCUAAUACGUGGCGGCGUUGCAACCGCGACUGUAGCGACAACAACGUGCGUAGCUUGGUCUGGCCACCUGGGCAUGGGUGGCCGGUCCGUCACUCGGGCCGCGGCGGAAGCCUUGGGGUUGGCAGACCUGUUUCCCACAGCACCUCCGCCGUCGAGGAAUGCAUCGCUGCUCGACAGCCGCGGAACUCACACGCGUCUCAACAGUGGCGACAACGCUGCCGCCGCCCCUGCACCUUCACCGGUGUCCACCAUCUCACAGCUAUCGGAUGACACGGCAACGCCGUCAGCGCUUACAGUCAGUGUCGUGCCGCCCAUCUACAUCACCCGCAGCAUUACGUGGAAGGCGCCUCUGCCCGCCCUUGUGCCCUCCGCCUCUUCGAUGGCGCAUGCCGCGCGCAGUGGAAGCGCCGGUGCUGCGCAGUCGCCAGUGCACUACUGCGUCCUUUGCAAUCACCUGUGCUCGAACCAAGGCGCUCUUGACCAGCACUACCUCUCUGUCAGCCACCUUGAGCACCUCUUCCACGCAAUUCAGCUCGGACUGCGCCGCGAGCACCUGGCGGUACUCUACGGCUGGGCCCCACGAGUCGCAAGCGACCCUCAAUGCUCGGGCACGAAUGAAACACACACACGUGAUCAUGCGGGCUUCAGCAAAAGCGAAGGCAGAACCGGCACACUCCACCCCGCAUCAUCUGCUGCUGCCUCGCUGCCGCUAGCGUCGCUACUCUCCCUUCAGAGUAGCACCCACCUACCGCUCACCCAGCACGUCUACCCAUGUGUAAUCGAUGCUCAGUCAUUUCUGAACUGCCUACAGUGGUCCAACAGAGAAUCCCCGGCAUCGUCGUCAUCCCUGUCCUCAUCACACGAGCAGAAGGCUUCUAGCGCUCAUAAGGCGAAGGGCAGAACAACAGGGGUGGACCGGGCCACACCGCUUGCGGUAGCUGGCACUCUCGUGGCGCUGCAGAGCGUCACCGAUAUUCUUCCUCCGCCGCACCUACGGCAGCCGAUUCAGCCAAACCCGUGCCGCGGUAGUGCUGGAGUGGAGGCAGCGCCACCGUCGUCCUCGGUCGGUGCAGAGACGCUCUCGGCGCACCACGUUUGGGUGCUGAACCUUUCAAGCAGUGGCGAAGUGGGCCCGGCUGCCUCGGCAACUACUCACCCACCGAUGUCAGCGCUGCUCGUGGUGGCCGGCUACCUCGCCGCUGCCUCGCCGCAGGCCAGGGCAGCGCUGCUGCUCAACAGCACCCACACAUACCUCCACGCCGUAAUGUUGCAUGGCUGGGGCGUGUGGCGGCUGCCGACGCCUCUGCCCAUGGAAGGCUACAUGGGCCUCCUGGAGCAGAUCGGACGCGGCGGCGGCUGGCCCGGUGUACUGGUACCCAUCGCCAACGAUCCGCUCCAUAGCAGGCAGCAUGGCGGGCGUGAAGAGUCGUCGGCGGCAGUGCAUGACCCCUCCGAUGGACUGCACUGGUGUCUUCCGGAAGCAGCGUGUGCCCUGACCACAGACGAGCAUCGCGGCGGCUUGUCGGCGAGUGGGGGCACGAGAGACUGCGACGCCAUCGUGGAGGCCACGCUGCUUCUUGUCCUUCAUGAGUAUCUGCAGGCGCGUCGGAACAUGGUCACCCUGGCGGACUACGUCGAACGCGUGAUGCGCAAGCUUCAGCUUUCUCCCUUUGUUGGACCCGGCGCGCGUGCAGCGCAAGGGACGGGACCAUCACCAGCAGCAGUGACAGCCGCAGAGAUACUGGCCACAUACCUGAAGCGCGUCCGUCACGGCCAAACCAUUCAGACCCUCUUGCGCGACCUCGGUUGCAUUUUCGCGACACCGCCGCGUGCUCUAGCGACGCUCCUGCAACCCACAAGUUGGUCUACCUUUACCGAGAAUGCCGAGGGGAGUUGCAGUGGCGCACAAGGAGGACAGCGUGAUGUGGGUCGCAGACGUGGGGCAUCCGUGUCGCCUGCUGAAGCACUGUCAAAGCGGCUGAGCUACCGUGCGCUGAGUGCCGAAGGGGCGGCGGUGGAAAUGAUGUUCACAGUCCCACCGGCGCUCCCGUCGCGGCUGCCGUCGGUCACAUUUGCUGCGAAACUGCGUCAGUUCUACGUUGACCGCCACGCGCACCGCUGGGUACCGCAGAGUCAGGCCCCCGCAAGGCCGACACGCACUGGCAGCGCCGCGGCGGCCACGGCCCGAACUGGAGCUGAGCAGCUCACCAAGAAUAAGUCGCUUAAGCGCCAUGCACAGGCGCUUCAAGCCCGAGACAGUGCUGGCCGCCUGCGCAGCCCCCGCAAGGUCUACAAUGCCACUGACGUCGCUGACAAUGGGGUGGACCCGCCGCAGUUUUAG